AGUGGCUGAAAACUGAGAUGCACAGAGUGGCUGAAACCAUUGUCAUUGUUUUUCAAUCUCCAUCAUUUUCAUCUUGCUAAACCUCUUUUUUGAUAUCUUCUCUUCUUUUCCGUGUUUUAGAAAAUCAGAAACUGUUGCUAUUUAAUUUCUUAAACCGUUGUCUUAUCUAUCUACCUACCUACUCUGUUGUUCAUGCGUUACACAUUUAAAAGAGAAAAGCAGAACCACGGGGGUUCAUUGUAACUAAAGAAAACAAAAUAUUAAAAUUGUUGUUUCAAAGUUGUGCUCAAAAGGGUGUUUCAGUUGUUCAUCCAUUUUUACGAAAAUGGUGAUAUUGAACCUUGGGAAGAAGCAGAAUAAGAAGAAGUUGCAUAGUGGAGAAGGAGUGAGACUUGGAAAAUAUGAGUUGGGUAGGAUUCUUGGUGAGGGCAAUUUUGGUAAAGUUAAGUUUGCUAGGAACACUGAUUCUGGACAACCUUAUGCUAUUAAGAUUAUUGAUAAGAACAAGAUCAUUGAUCUCAAUAUCACAAACCAGAUAAAGAGGGAAAUAUGUGCCUUGAAGCUCCUAAGGCAUCCCAAUGUUGUUAAAUUAUACGAGGUCUUAGCUAGCAAAACAAAAAUUUACAUGGUACUUGAGUACGUGACAGGAGAGGAGUUAUUUGACAAAAUAGCUUCCAAGGGUAAACUUCCUGAAGGUGAAGGUAGAAAAUUGUUCCAACAGUUGAUUGAUGGUGUGAGCUACUGCCACAGUAAAGGUGUCUUCCACAGGGAUCUCAAGCUUGAGAAUGUACUUGUGGAUGCCAAAGGGAAUCUAAAGAUAACUGAUUUUGGUCUUAGUGCUUUACCCCAACAAUUUAGGGCAGAUGGGUUGUUGCAUACAACAUGUGGAAGUGCAAAUUAUGUUGCACCAGAGAUUCUUGCUAAUAGGGGCUAUAAUGGUGCAUCAUCAGAUGUAUGGUCAUGUGGGGUUAUCUUGUAUGUAGUCUUAACAGGAUUCCUACCUUUUGAUGAUAGAAAUCUUGCAGUUCUCUACCAGAAGGUUUUGAAAGGAGAUUUUCAGAAACCAAAAUGGUUAUCAGCUGGUGCACAAAACAUUAUAAAGAGGAUUCUUGAUCCCAACCCUAAAACCAGAAUAACAAUGGCGGAGAUCAAAGAAGAUUUGUGGUUCAAGGAAGGAUAUAAUCAAGCAUAUCAUGAGGACGAGGAAGAUGGUGUAUAUGUUGACGAUCAAGCCUUUAACAUCCAUGAAUUGUCACAUGAAGAAGAAAAGAGUAGUUCACAAUCACCAAUUCGUAUCAAUGCAUUUCAGUUGAUAGGGAUGUCUUCAUGCCUAGACCUCUCUGGCUUUUUUGAGAAAGAGGAUGUAUCUGAGAGGAAGAUAAGGUUUACAGCAAAUCUUUCAGCCAAAGUUCUGAUGGAGAAAAUUGAAGAUUCUGUGACAGAAAUGGAAUUUAGAGUUCAAAAGAAAAAUGGCAAAAUGAAAGUGAUGCAAGAGAACAAGGAUCAUAAAACUCUUGGCAGCCUCUCAGUGAUAAUAGAGGUUUUUGAAAUAAGUUCAUCAUUGUAUGUAGUAGAGUUAAGGAAGUGUUAUGGAGAUGCCUCUGUAUAUAGACAGUUAUGCAAGAAGUUAUUAAAUGAUCUCGGUGUUCCCCACGAAAAGCACUAGUGAGCUCAGAAGUGAAAAUUGUAGAGUCAUAUUUGGAAUGACAUCAAAGCUGUAGCAUGUACUGGUCUCAUUAGUCUUUGUGAUUUUUACUUCAUAUAUAAUAUAUCGUAAUAUGUUAGAUAGUAAUAGCACCAGUUUUGAAUUUAGCAAUCAAUUAAAUAGCUGAAUCCCCAAAAAUCUCUAUGUUAAAGCAAGCUUUAGUGAGCCUGAAAUUGGGUAUGUUAUCUUGCAUCAGCUUCACUGUUGUCUUUUAAGGCUUUUGUUUAAGAUGGAAUUUCAUCUCGGAACAAAAGUAUCAAAUAAGGACAAACUAAAACUUUGGAUGAUCAACUAGCAUCUCAGAAAAGUUAGAUUGCUCAGAGGCAGUUCAAUGUGAUUGCAAUACAAGCAAAGUUUUAUUUCAACAUUAAUGAGUGCUUUUAAAUAUGGAACACAUUUGAUAAAAUUAAGUGUAUCAAAGUAGCCUUCUGGCAUCAAUAAGGGUGACCAAAUUUAUGUUGAUCUCCCUUAAGUUCUUAUUUGAUUAUUCAUGAAAUUUUCAUGUUUUUCGCUUCAUCCAUCAUUGAG